UUUGUAAUAGGUCCUUCUGGGAUUUCAAAUAUAGACGCUAUAAAAAAGUUCUUCUUUCAAGCUUUUGCUACAGACUAUUAUGAGACAAUGGCAAUGUAUGCUAGAAUAAUUAUAAUGUUUCUGAUUGGUCUUGAGUUUGAUGUUCCUUAUCUAAUACGAAACUUCAAACGGGCAUCUGUUAUAGCUUUGGGUGGUUGCGUGACAAGUACCAUUUUUGCAUUCGCGAUUACAAGCUUCAUAUAUGAAGAAACUGCAGCUGAAGGCAACCGUUACUUGAUGGCCUGCAUGAUUGCUGUGGUAUUGUCCAACUCAGGUUCUCCGCUGGUGAUUCGUAUGGCUGCUGAUUUGAAAUUUGCAACCACAGAUGUCGGAAGACUAGCCAUUUCAUCCUCGCUAAUUGGUGACUUUUAUGCUGUGGGUCUUUUGGUUAUCAUUUCCAGAAACAAGAAAGAGAAGUCUAAGACGUGGUUUUCUGAUGCUUUCAUUGCAUUGCUUAUCAUUGUGGCCGUAGUCGUUGCCAAUAUAUACGUGACAAAGUUGAUGAACCGGAGAAACAGAAACAAGAAGUACCUGUCGAAUAUUGAAGUAUGUAUUAUUUUGGGAAUCAUUUUUGGAGCUGCGAUGGGGGUUGAGUCGAUCGGAUAUAGCAGCAUAUAUGCUUGCUUCUUUUUUGGCUCGUUGUUUCCCAGGGGUGGCAAAACCAUGCGGACAUUGUUGAUCAAACUAACCUAUACAAUUCACAACUUCAUAUUCCCAAUUUACUUUGGCUACGCGGGGUUUAAAGCAGAUUUAUCUUUUGUCUACAAGCAUAUAUGGAGGAUUGGAAUUAUCGUCCUUGUCAUACUGUUGAGCAUUGGUGGGAAGAUUACAGGAACCCUUGCUGCUUGCCAUUCUCUCAAGACUCCCUUGAACGAGGGCGUUCUUCUUGCUUUUCUGAUGAAUUUGAAAUGCCAUGUUGAUCUCGUUGCCAUGACCGUAGGCCAACAGAAUGCAAUGGUUGCCAGUCAAACAUUCUUCAGUUUGAUGAUAUGCUCUGUAGUGAUUAGUUCUAUAAUAUCAGGGCCAUUAAUAGCUUUCUUGGUGCGGAGAGAAAGUAAUACUCUUGGCUACAAUCACGUAGCUUUAGAAUGGCAGGAUCCAGACAGUGAGCUACGGAUCCUGGCCUGCGUGCAUAGUCCUCGCCCUGUUCCAACCAUGGUUGGGAUCAUGGCAACUUCAAGAGGUUCUGAACAUGUUCCUCUUACUCCUUACCUGAUGCACUUGAUUGAGCUCCCCCAUAAAAUCAAGAGUAAGAAAAAGAAGGCGCAUCCUCAGGAUGAAGUUGAAGAACUAAUCGACGAGGAUGACUAUGGUGGCAAUGACGUGGUGGAGAUCAAUGAAGCCGUGGAUGACUUCACUGCAGAAACAGGCGUGAUGAUCCAUCAAGCUAAAACGGUGGCACCCUUCACAUCCAUGUUCAAAGAUGUGUGUGAAUUUGCUGAGGACGUACGAGCCUCUAUCAUAAUCCUUCCUUUCCAUAAGCACCAGAGAAUAGACGGGAAAUUGGAGAGUGACAAGGUGGGUAUAAGGACUACUAAUCAGAAACUUCUUAGGUCUGCUCGAUGCUCAGUUGCCAUACUUCUAGACCGAGGCCUUACAGCUGGAGUUAUAAAGGCUUCCGGCUCUGAUUCCUUGCAAAACGUUGUAACUCUGUUUUUUGGGGGGCCUGAUGAUCGCGAAGCAUUGGGACUUAGCAAACGGCUGGGCUCUCAUCGUCAUAUAAAUCUUACAGUCAUUCGAUUCGUAUCUGCAGAAGCACCAAGUAACCAAAAUGUGGAGGUAAAUGUGGCUCACAAGGAAGAAGAUGUACUAAUGGCCAUAUCAGAUGAUCAGAAAGAUAGUGAGCUCGACAGCAUUGUCUUAACAGACUUCUACAACAGGUAUGUAACAUCAGGGCGUGUGGGAUACAUAGAAAAGCGUGUAGAAAACGGGACAGAGACGUCGUCGUAUUUAAGGGACAUCUUGGACAUGUACACAUUGUUCAUAGUAGGAAAUGGCGGCAGAAGACGAUCCUCAAUAACAAUCGGAAUAAACGACUGGGAAGAAUGCCCGGAGCUAGGCCCUGUAGGGGAUUUACUGGCAUCUUCAGAUUUUGAUGCUAGUGGUUCAGUUUUAAUAGUUCAACAGCAUAGAGACAAAAACGACGAUGACGAUGAUAAUGAUGAUAGUUAUAGAUGAUACUCAUAUCUUGUUUGCAAGAACAAUCGUAAAUCAUCUAAUGUGUCUCUUUUAAAGAGAUGUCAUCCGAGGAAAGUUGCUUGAUUCAAACUCAAGUUAAAUGUCUGUGAACCUACACAAUGAGAGCUUGUCAGCUGAAUGUUUGGGUAAAUAUUAUGGCAGGCAGGUUAACAGAUUUUGAAUGUUUUAGGAACAAAGUUGUAAUUUAUGGUUACUCAUCCUGAUUGUACAUGCUUAGAGGAUUAGUAUGUACAGUUUCAGUUUCGGUUUGUGCUUCUCUGAAUUUAUCUACAACUUAAUCGCGGAUUUCAUUCGGUGGGAGAUGGCGGAGAUUAAUUAUGAUG